AUGACAGCGCGAACGCUGAACAAUGUGGUCAAUGAUCAGACUGUUGCACUCAAUGCUUUGAUCUACGGCUACGGUGGCCAUUCGCUCGUUACCCCGCAGUAUGCCCUGCAACAGAUAUGGUGGACCGAGGAAAGAAUCGACGAGAAGGUGGAUGAGGACUAUGUGAAUUCAAGAUUGCAGCCCAAGGAAAGAGAAUGGCUCAGCAGACCUGUGGGCUUUGGCGAUCUCACAGACGACACCUACCUAGAAUGGAUCCUGGAAAAGGCCCGCCGGUUGUUCCUUAUACUAGUCGAGAUCGGCGAGGCGGAUCGCAUAUUCGCUGUCGUCGAAAAGAGCUGGGAUGACGACGACCUCCCCCUGUCCAUGGAAGAUAUCGAACAGCUCGCCUUGACCAACAGACGCGACGAUCAAGCCAAUGUUCGCUUCUAUCAGACCCAGUUCUCCUUCUUACUGCGAGUGCUCGGUCCAGGCGUACACGUCGAUUAUGCGUCCAACGAGCAGAUACCCUUGGAGUUCGUCAUGGGACUGCCCCCCGCCGUUGCCCUCCAGCCAUGGUCGCGAGUGCAUUUACCCAAGAAGCCCCACGAAGUGUACGUCAGGAGAAAAUUUGCAUUGGGUAACGCAGAGUCUACAUUUGCAUUCGAAGAAGACUACAUCAUGGACGUCGAAAGCGCGCAGAUGGUUGAGCAUGAACAUAUUGCCCCGGUUUGGGCAUCCUACACCUCAAAAGGGUUCGGUUAUACUUUGACCAACUUCGUAGGUCAACAUACACUCAAGACUUUCAUCGACCACCGAGAACCCCCACAAUAUAAAAGGCUUGCCAAACCGGAGCGAAGACAGCUGGUUCUCAAUUGGAUGCUUUGUCUUUCGGAUGCCGUCGCAACGCUACACCGCAAUGGCUAUUGCCAUUCUGCUAUUCGCCCCUCGAAUAUCAUCAUAGACGAGCACAACAAGAUAGCAUUUAGCGAUAUCGCAAGUUUAUCCACCUUCACAAGAGACAAGAAGCCGGAUCCAAUGGACGCGUACAUAUAUGGGGCAGCAGAGACACAGAAUGCGGCCGCUUCGAUCGAACCCGAUGCCGUAGCCCCUCCGCCUAUCGUUGGUACGCGGCGAAAACCCUCCAUUGCAAGCAAGAGCUCAUCGGGCUCAUCAAAUAGUAGCGGUUCGCGCCAGAAGUUGACAAAGUCCCCAACGAAUGAGUUCUCCGGUUUCAACUUUGGCUUCAGAAGGAUGUCCAAGCAACCUGUACAACAGCGUCAGAGGUCGCGCGUCCAUGAAACUGAGCAGGCAGACGUGUUUUCGCUUGGUUGCGUUUUCGUUGAGAUGGUAACGUUCAUGCUCAAAAAGAAGCCUAAUGACUUUGUCAAACACAGGUCAACCAAGCAGAAAGAGAAGGUGAACAACGGGGGCAAGAAUUCGCGGACAGAUUCAUCGUAUCAUGCCAAUAUGGACAAGAUCGAGUCGUGGAUGAGGAUCCUAGAAGACUCAGCGUCAGCAAAUGAACACGAGGAGUUUGUAGCAAUACCGCACAUUCUAAUACUUGUCCGGACCAUGCUGAGCAGGAAUGCGCACAUGCGCCCAAGCGCGAGAGCGGUCCACUCACAACUUACGGACAUCCUGCUUGAGUACACUACCAUGCCCGACAUACACUGUGGUGCGCAUAAGCAUGAAACCCGUCCUGCGGCAUCCUCAAGGUCGGUCUCAGAUGGAGGGUGGACAAAUUCUAAUCGCGCUUCGUCGAUCUCUGGCUCCUCUAUCUCAUCAGCGUCUUCGGACGCUGAUACCAUUCGAGAGUCGACGUCCUCUUCACGCAUGUCUUCUAUACUCAACUCUUACUCCGAACGGUCAACGCUUUCGGGAAUUUCAGAGGUUGAUGACGACGAGACGUGGACAUCGUUUUCCAAGAAGCCGGUACCAUCGCCAGUCAACACAGCAUCACCUGUCAGUGCAAGAUUCGAGGCAUCACCGCUGCCAUCACCCGUCGAUACGAGAUAUGAGACAUCACCGCCCCUUUCGCCUCUUUCACCCGUCUCGCCUCGAUCUUUCAAAACACCAAUCACACCGGACUCAGACCGAUCUCCGAGCCCAUCAAGUGCAGUGGUGCAGCCAAGUCGAUGGAAGCCGCGUUUGCUGCUUCCUUAG